CGGUGUGUGCACAAAAACUAAUUGUAAGUCCCUUUUUUUUUGUUUAAAGAAUUAUUUGAGAGAGAGAGAGAGAGAGUCUUCUUCAACAAUCUAACAUGGUGCUGUGUUAUAGAAGACAGUGAGAGAAACCCUAGACCCCAAAGAAGAAUCGUGCAUACCACACUCUUUCUCGAAAUCAUCUUCUUCCUCGCGACGAAGUCAAAAUAGAGGAGGGACCUUUCUCAGUUUUCUGUUCAAUUCUCCCAGUUUGAAAUAUCUACUGUUCUUACGAAGAUUUUCGCAAUUGAACUCCGAUGACGACGAAGGCGGAAACUGGACAAUCCUCUGGUUCGAAACCUUCUGGUGAUGAUGAUACAUGGGCCAAACUGGUUCCUCUCGACACCAAAUUCUCAGAUGUCGAGAUUAAGUGCGAUGAUAUGGUAAUAUGCUCUGAGAUUAAACCGUCGUCCUUAGAAAAACACGAAUGGUGCAGAAUAACAAAGAAUUUGGGUCAAGGUUCUGCUACUAUACAUAAUCAGAGUUUCGAUGCUAUACUUGUUGACGAGGCUGUCAUCCCGAAAGAUGGUGCUGUUGAUAUCAUGAGUGGAUCUGAAAUUGUUCCUGGCCCUGAAGGACAAGGGUACUUGCAGUACAGAUUUACAAUAAUGCCUGCUCCAGAAUCCAGAACCCAGCUAUUAAAGAUAUCCAUAGAUCCUGAACAUGCGAAAUGCAGUAUCUGCUUAAACAUAUGGCAUGAUGUUGUCACAGCUGCACCUUGCCUUCACAAUUUCUGUAAUGGCUGUUUUUCAGAAUGGAUGCGGAGAUCGAAAGCAAAACAUCAACAUGUGUUAUGUCCACAAUGCAGAACAACAGUACAAUAUGUGGGGAAAAAUCAUUUUCUUAAAAACAUACAAGAGGAUAUAUUAAACGCGGAUGCUGCACUGAGGCGGCCAGCUGAAGAUAUUGCAGUGUUGGACUCAUCUGCAUCGAUACAAUCAAAUCUUAUAAUUGGGAGCAAGAGAAAACGUCGUUCGAAUAUUCUCUCGCCCCCACUUGAAGAAAGAGAUAGCUUGCCUUUACAAUGCCCACAAUGUGUUGCUAAUAUUGGUGGUUAUCGGUGUGAACAUCAUGGUGCACAUCUGCAAUGCCACCUGUGUCAAGGAAUGAUGCCCUUCAGAGCCAAUCUCCAAGUGCCAUUACACUGCAAGGGAUGCGAUAGGCCAUUUUGUGGUGCUUAUUGGAGUUCCGAAAAUGUUACACAAGGUGUAUCUAGUCCAGUAUGCAGUCGUGACACUUUCAGACCUAUCUCGGAACGCACAGUUACCAGGAUUCCAUCGAUAACCCAUGAAAUGAAUCGCCAUGAACAAGAUGUAAGGAAUUAAUUUCCCUUA